AUGGGGCUGGACUCCGGCGCGGACAUGGGGUUCGACCUGGAAUCCGCGCUUGGCGCGCGUAUGGGAUCGUUCGUGGACGGGUACCAAGGGUUCUCGGCGGGGGAGUCGCCGGUGCUGCUGAGCUUGCUCAACGACGACCACAUGCGACUCCUAGGAGAGAUGACGGACACCCGCACGACCCACCAGAUAGCGGCGAUGGCGGCCGAGAUGACGAGCUCCCUGCAGUCCGCGCUCCACCUCGCGCCUCUCCCUGCGAGCGCGUGGGAGACCACGGAGGACAUGUUCAACGCCGUCGACAGCUACCUGAGCCCUGCAACCAAGGUAAUCGAGUCUUCCCUGGAGAAGCUCGGGCUGAGCAGCGACCAGGUCGGCGCGGUCGUGGCGGCGCUCUCCGUCCUGGGAUCCGCCGCCGUCCUGGCCGUCUUCGUCCAGCGCUUCGGGGGGGAAAGCCCCCCCCUGCCUACCGAGUACGACCUCGACCAGCUGGACGCGUACUACCGGCGGAAGCCGCUGGUGGUGGCCGUGCGGUUUGUGGAGGUGUCCGCCUCCCUCGCCAGCUUCUUGCUGAAUGUCCUCGCCGACGUGCUGACCAACAACUGGGACAAGAAUAUGGCCGUCAGGGCGGUCCAGAUGCGGGAGUUCACGUCCUCGAACGGACCCGCCUUCAUCAAGGGGGCGUCCAUCCGCCCGGACAUCCUUCCCACACCAUACCUCGAAGAGAUGCAGAAGCUACAGGACCGAGUGCCUGAGUUCUCCUCCGCGGAAGCGAGGAAGAUCCUGGAGCGCGAGCUCGGUGUCCCCGUCGGCAAAGCCUUCGAGAGCGUGGAGUCCUUCGACAGGCCCAUCGCGGCCGCGUCGCUGGGGCAGGUGUACAAGGCGAGGCUGAAGGGGACGGGGGAGACGGUGGCGGUAAAGAUCCAGCGGCCGAAGGUUCUGGCCACGGUGACGCAAGACCUUUACGUCAUCCGCAUCAUUCUCGACCUCAUCGGGUAUCUGCUGCAGCCCACGGUAGACGUCACGGUGUCCAUACUGCGCGACGCCUCCCGCUCAGUCAAGAGCCUCAUAGACAGCUGGGCGGUGAGGUUCCUGGAAGAGAUGGACUACACGAUGGAGGCCGACAACGCCGACCGCUUCGCCAAGGAAAUGGCCAAGCACAAGAGCCUCGGGAGCGCGAUCAAGGUCCCCUCCGUCUACCGGGAAAUGACGACGAGAUACGUCUUAGUAACCCAGUGGGUGGACGGGGAGAAGGCUUCGAACCUGGAGGCUAGGAGUCCCGAGGGGAGAGCAUGCCUCGCAACUCUACAGGCAACGCUCUUGAAUUCCUACCUGGUGCAGCUGCUCGACAACGGUUUCCUCCACGCCGACCCCCAUCCAGGCAACUUCCUCCUGCAGGAUGACGGGACUCUGUGCGUGCUCGACUUCGGGCUAAUGACCGAGGCGCAUGCCCCCCCCCCGUCGGCACCGUGUGUUCAUAUUGUCUGCGUGCCACCGUUUCUCCAGGUGACCGAAGAACAGAGCUACGCGCUCCUGGAGUAUGUGAUCCAUCUCAUUGCCAAGGAUUACCCCGCCACGUUAGAGGACCUGAUCAUCCUCGGCUUUAUCUCGCCAGAAGUCGGGGAUGAUCCUGAGAAAGUUGCCCUCGUUGUCCCGCUCCUCGCUAAGGUGAUGGAGCAGCUGAGCGAGGGUGGGGGUGCUCAGACGAUUACCAUCGACACCGUCGGAGAGGAAGUGGAGGAGCUGGCAAAGAACUACCCUAUCAGCAUACCGGCUUACUUCGGGCUCAUCAUCCGCUGCUUCGGCACCCUAGAGGGUCUCGGCUUGUCGAUAGACCCCGGGUAUAGCAUCGUCAAGGAGUGCUUCCCGUACCUGUGCCGACGACUGCUGACGGAGGAUACUCCGAGAAUGCGCCGGAUGCUCAAGAGCUUCCUGUACGGCAAGGACGGGGAUUUCCUGCAGGUAGACCGUGUGGACGAGAUCUUGGAAGGCUACCGCACCUUCACAGCGCUGGCAGCCGAGGUUAGCGCCCCAGGCGGCAGCGGUAUUAUGUCCCGAUACGGCACUGAACCCACCGCUACCGUCAACGGGGAGGCGUUUUCGCCGACCUCCGGCUUCGGAACCCUCGGUGACUACGCACCAUUGCAGCACCAGCGACGGCAGGGGGAGGCGACGGGGGACGCGGCGCUUGUGCGGGAAGGCGGAGGGAGGCGGCCGGGGGUCCCGUACAUUGAUCCGGCGUCGGAUCCGGUCGUGAUGGACGCGCUCCGGCUCCUGUUCGCCAAGGAAGGGAACUACGUCCAGGACUUGGUUAGUUGA